CUCUUGGUUGUCCACCACCCCUUCACUUCGCUUGCCCUUCAGACCUUCUUUGCUUGGAUGGACAUAUGACAGUGGAAUCACGCGAGGCUCCCCUCCCCUCACACACGCCGGCGCAACACAAGCCAUCUAAUCUCCUGCCAUACACUUCACUCUCACCUUCGCCUCCACCCUUCUUCACAAUGACACUCCUCAUUCGAACAGUAGGAGUGUGAACAACAUGCCUCCCCAUUGGCGACGCCCACUCGUCUGAUCUGGCGCUGAUCUAAGAACGAACCACCUGCUACAAUGGCCACCUCUUCCACAGCGCAAGUACCGAAGCGCAAGAAGCAGGUAUACGGCAAGGUGGUCAACAGGUCGCAUUGGAACGUGGACUCCUUCUUCAACGAAGACGACGAGCCUGCGUCUGCUGAAUCAGUACCGCCACGCCAGAGCAACGUCAAAGAAUCCUACCCUGUUACGAAAGCGCCACCCAAAACAUACACUUCCAAACAAGCGCCAUCGCGUCCCAAACGCCACGACACUUUCGAUGUCCCCUCAUCUGAUGAAGACUCUCCUUCCCCUGCGAAAGUGGUGCCGUCACCGCGAUUUCACCACAAGAGCACGUUGGUUGACGACACCGCGGCGAGUCAUGCGUCACUCGCGCCGUGGGAACGCAGCAGAGCGCAAGCCGAUCAUGAUGCCACUAGCAAGAGGAAGAAUGCAUAUCUCGCGAGUCCGGAGUCUCAGUUAAGGGAAGACUUGAUGCGCGCGACUGCUUCGCCGGAGCUGUUGAAGUCGACAACACCUUCGCGAAAGAGCCCAAGUGAACCAGUGGAGAAAAGCAGGGCCGCUCCACCAGAGCCACUGACAGCAAAGGCUCGGCUUGCUGCACGAAGAAGAGAAGCCGGUCAUCCUGUCGCUAAGCGCGAUGCCGACUCUGAUCCGGAUAUCACACCUCGCAAGCGAGCAAGAACAUCUGAGGAGGCGAAAGAGGGCCCGAGUCAACCCACUGGUGAUGAAAGUACUCACGAAAGCGCAAAGGGGAACGCCGAAAGCGAUGAUCAACAGCACGACAUCUUCGAUUUGCCCUCAUCGAGCGAGGAAGAGCGCUCCAGUCAAAGCAAUCGCUUACCCUCGUCAAAGUUGCGCUCGACAAAACCGUCUGCCCGACCGGGCAGAUCAAAGACUUACGCUGGAAAAGCAGCGCUGGCAAAAGGUGCCUCCGCUCCGUCUCGACUCACCGAAAUGCUCCACGACACAGACACUACCGAAGCUCCCACCCGCUCUCCAUCAGCCACCAGUCGAAAAUCGUCCCCGCAACAUGCGCCCUCGACUCCUCCAUCGGGUCGGUCUGCAAAUUCCGAGACGAACAAUACAGCAGCAGCAGCGAUGACGCCAAGACAGGCACAGCUGUGGCAUGACUUGCUGCCCAGUGACAACGCCGCGCCAUCCCCGAGUGCAUUGCCAAUCAAAGAUCUUAGUAUCUCUGGCAAGAAGCGCAGUGGGGUAUCGUCAUUCACGCGCAAAUUAUCGAAGUCUCAGUCAGAUGUAGGCAGGCGACGAACUCGCUUGGUCGAUCGGUUGAAAGCUUCUGCGCCGAGUUCUGGAGAUGAAGCGCUUGCGGAUGACGACAGCGAGAGCGAAUCCGAGUCAAUGGACGAUCUUGAAACCAAGCAACGCUCACCUCGAUCCUCAGAACGACCAUCGCUUGUAAAGCGAGUGUCGUCUCAUACAUCCCACUCGCAAAGCCAGCCUACUGCAGCGGCUUCGACCAACGGCCCGAAAAUCACCUACGGCCAAAGUCGGUCCUAUCUACAAGAGGACAGCUUGGAGCAGGACUUCAUGGCCGACCUCGACUCGGAAAUGACUCAGCGGCCAGCUCCAUCCAAGCGCUUUGGGAAAUCUACUGCCACAUUGCAGAACUCUGCUUUCGACCUCGAGGACAGUGAUGAUGAGCGAACAUCAGGCAAGAUCCGGACGAUCCAUGAGCUUCGCGCAUCCGGUCGGAAUGUGGCGGGAAUGUACGACAUUGAAGAGCUCCUCGGUGAGAUUCGGAAUCAUAAUGCAUCUCAUCGCAGUCGAAGGAGAAGUGCACUGAUUGAACUUGCCUCCAAACUUACCGAUAAGGCGUUCGCCGGACGCUUCGUAGGGCAGAGUCUGGAAAGCGAACUCGCGGCGGAGUGCGGUGUUGCGGCAGAUGAUAUUGCCGAUUUCGCUAUCGCCGUGGCAUUUGCUGUUAUACUUGCUUCCGAACCGCCUGAUCAUACAAUUAGGACGUUGCACGAACAGGGCACUUUGCCUUGGCUGGCAAAGCUCUUGCAACACGACCCCCCAGCUGGCAAGAUGGCUAAGGAUCGGCGGAAUAAUAUGGCAAAGGCGGCGCAAGGCGCAUUCAAUGACUUUACCGAUGGUAUCAAGACGCAGGUAAUACUGUGGGGAGAGCGGGUGCCGCACGAAAUGACCCCUCGUCUGAUUGCAUUGAAAGCGCUGGAUCUGCUUAUUCGACGGCUUCGACGGACUGGAACCAAAGAGGAGCUGCUCGACUUUGAACAGAUCUCUCUGGUCCUCCGUUCGGGUACACCUUCAAUGACUGCCGACCAUGCAAUCGACCUCGACCUCUCCGUCUCCAUCCUGGAAUCGCUCUCAACAACCACAACCUCUCUAUCCUGGCCGUCCACCACACUAGAAAGGAUAGCCGACAUCCUCCCGCAACUGGACGCCACCACGUCAACAACCCGACACACCCUCUUCCUCACCCUCCGCCUCAGCCUCAACCUCACAAACGACAACGCCCACAACUGCGCCCUCCUCUCCGCCAACCCAAUGACCACACAGCACCUCCUCCUCUCCAUCGACCAGGGCUGCACAACCCUGCACGUCGAAAGCAACGAAGAGCACCGCGCCCUAGCCCUCGACCUCCUCGUCCUCUCCAUGGGCAUCAUCAUCAAUCUGGCUGAACAUAGCACCGCAGCCCGGCACUCAGCCCUGCUUACCUCUCCCGAAGUCCUCACAUCCCUCCUCGCCGUGCUCCAAACCGGGCAAGAAAACAUGCUCGAAGCGGAAUCCGUCUCUGAAUCCGUGACCAACGUCGCCUACGGCUACCUGGCCGUCAUGCUCGCCAAUCUGUGCCAAGAGCCGGACGUCAGAGCUUUCGUGAAGGAGAAGUUGCCGGGCAAGAAUUUGAGGUUGUUGGUCGAGGCUGUGCAGGAGUUCGUGCUGCAUCAUGAGCGGGUGGAUGGGAUGGCGUUUGAGGGGGAGGAGGGCGGGGAGGUAUGGGGCGCUUUUACGGAGAGGUUGAGAGGUGUGCUUGGGAGAUUGAAGGAGGUUGAGUAAGUUGAAGGGUAGGAUUGUUCUGGUGUUUAUGUUGUUGUGAUACCCGAGUGUUGGUCUUGUGUUGGGUUGAUCCUCGUCGUCCUAUUUCUACACACAGCAUCCAUCUCAAUCAUGCGCGUAGAAUGUAUCACGCUGGUAUCAACACUACCCAAGCUCGCGUCCACAACUGCACUUCCUCCCCUUCU